AUUUGUGACCAAAAUGAACGACUUUAUUUAGAUUUUGAACGAAUCAAAAUGGAUGCUGGGUGUGAAUGAACUAUGUACUGAAAAACGAACAGCUUUUUAUCGAGUUGUUUCGUGGACCCGAUUAUAAUCGGGAAUCCGGCUUCACGGUUUUGUUUUAUAGUAUUUUAGGUGGUGUUAAACUAGUAACGUUGUCCAGCGUAACAGGGUUGUAGAGUACAGUGGAUGAAUUCUGUAGUCACGGUGUAGGUAAUGUGUUUACGAGAGUGUCAGCCGAGCUUCCCGCAGGUGUCCCUAAUAGGAUGAGGACUCUCACGGAAAUAUUGAAUGUCGAUACGAAUCAACGAGUGGUAUGUGUUGGGCUGCCGUCGCUCCUCGGUGCAAAAUGGCGAGAAUAUAUGGACUAAAGUGUUGCUCAUGAGCCGUCCGAGCGAGCAGAAAUGAAAUGCAUAUACAGGAAGGAACAAACACAACUCUGACAACAUGUUCCAAAAUGACAGAAGAAGUAGACAGAAGACAUGGUGUGAAUGGGAACAGCAGUAGUAAGAGUGCUCAUGAGGAUCCUCCUGUGCAGAGUCCAGCUCCCGCGACGACGGGUGGGAGGCUCAAGUUUUUUAAAGAUGGAAAGUUUAUAUUGGAACUGGUCCGAGGCAGCGCGCGCGAGGGUGAGCGCGCUGGGUGGGUGUCGGUGCCUCGUAAGACGUUCUGGCCGCCGGCCGCCGCCCCGCCGACGCCUCCUCACGCGGCGCCGCCCUGCGCCUCGUUGUCGCUGUCAGACGACAAUUCCUCGCUGCACUCCUCGCCCUGCACUUCGCACCGCGACCACUGCUGGAAGCAGCCGACGCCGCGCCGCAACCUGUCCAAAGAGUUAGCCAUGUACUACUGCAGGCCCGCUACCCUGCACACCGCUCAUAUCGCCACCGCCGCACGCCUCAAGCGAAGGAGACCCUUCGACACCGGCUACCAUGAGAUCCUCACCAACGGAGCGCUCCGGAAGACCUGUGUGAACGGCUCCUGUGACAAAAAACGGAACGGUGACGUCGGCUCGCCCGAGAACAAGCAUUGUAAAGGAGAUGACGUCGUCGACGGGCCGACGGAGGCCAAGACGAAGACGGACGAGGACAGGUGGACGGACUUCGACAGGGAGAAAUACUUUCAUAUGAAACUCAAAAAACCAUAUCAGUAUCAUAAGUUAAGGGUGUACAAAAAGAUGAGGCCGGCGUUACGACGCAAAGAGUUGGCCCGGGUCUUAGAAAGACUCCGAGAGAAAAUUCUGUCGUUGCCCGUGCCCGUGAACGCCAAACUGGCAAACUGCAGGCAGGAGCACAUGAUGGUAUCUCCGAGGAAGCGGAUCCUGCGCGAGAUGGAGCGGGUCAGUCUCGAAGACCAGGCGACCAAGCGGCGAGCGAAGACGGUCCCCGCUCUUAGCACGGCCUCCUACCCGCCCUCCCCCGGCCCCAGUCAUACACAGCACCGCGGAUCAGACGGGCCAGCGCGACUGUCCAACGGCACGGCUCCCAGGAAGGAGACCGCGGUGUCCAAGAACGUCAGCAGCUACAGCAUACACUCGUUGCUCAGCAUGCCUGAUGAGAGUCCUACGCGCCGCUCGCCCGAGGCCAAGCGUUCACCGCAUUCCUACCCACCGUCAUUGAAGACGGAGUCUCCUUCGAGCGUCAACUCGCCCGAUUUGAGCCCCAGUCCAGACAGCUACCGGUACAGGUACUCGACGCUCUCGCUGGGGUCCCCGGGUCGCGGGGCGGCGCGUGAUUCGCCCACGCCGCCACAGCCCACCAACCCGCCUUCCUUCCGUGCAUAUGCACCGCCCACGUCCCCGUACAGUGGUCGUCCGGGGCCCGCGUGGCCUGCUCCGCCGCCGCCGGGGCCCUUCAGACGAGAUGAGUGGGCUGGCCCUGGGGCUGUGAGCGGCAUGAGCAGCGCACAGUAUGUGUUCGGGUAUGGAUACGCUCCACACGUGUACCGCGCCGCGCCUGCGCCCCCUCUGUGGAUGCAUUACGCGUUGGCCCCGGGUGCUCCUCCCGGGCCGUGGGCGCCUCUCGCUCAUCCCCUGCUCACAGACCACAUACCCAAGGAGGAGCCCACGUCCGAUUUGCCGUUAAACUUAUCAAAACAUUGAAGCCGACGUCAAUUGUGACGUGUGACGUCACGCGUCCGUCUCGGCGGGUCGUCUACGAGUCGAGCCCGUCACGCGACACGUCACUGGCGGGAGGGCAGAGGGGGGGGGGGCGGAACUUUAUAUAACGCUAAAUAAACUUUAUUAUACUAUAUAGGUAUUUACAAAGGUAAACAAAGACUUUUAGAUUAAUUAAAAUAUAAAUUAAAUUGCAAUAUCGAUAAUAUAUUUUUAUACAUUCGGAAGCGAAUCAAUCGAACGUGUUAUUCGUUUUAUUCUAUAACCAAUCAUUCCAUUGACGCGUUCAAUCGGCGCCUGUUGAAGUCCAAAAAUCGCAUCCCACCUGUAGCUAACGGUCGCCGCUAUAGUUAAAGCGUCUCUUCGCGGGGACGGAACGAUAUUUUUGUAUAAAACAAGUUUUCCCGACGGAUCCGUUUGUCCGGAAAUGUAUUUACAAAAUUUUUAUUAUAUUUAUCAUAUUAUAGUGGUAUGUACGUGUGCAGAGUAACGAGUGUAUUUUCAUACGAAUUAUUUGAGCUGCAAAAUGAAUAUUUUACAAACAGCUGUAAAUGUUUAGCGUUUUAAUGUAAUGUAAGAUCUUUAACGGAACUAAACAAAUACAUUUAAAGUUUUUAGAACGAUCAGUGCCUUGAACAAAUGAAGAUAUUAUGAACAUAUAUACGAAUGGGAAAGUAUUAAAUGAUUAAUUGUUAACGAAAUGUAAUAUACUAACGCUGUUGGCGUCUCGAUGGUAGCCAUUUUUUUGAUAUAUUUACAAUAUAGGUGCAAAAAAUUUUUUUAUUCGGUCAGUUAUCAGGAAAGCUAACAAUAUUUGAAUGACUAUGUUCGAUCUCAUUAUUUAAUUUAGAAACUUAACGAGGUUAAAGACUACAGUUUUUUUUUUUGUUGUUGUUGGGAUCAAAUUUGGAUGUGUGUUUAUGUAACAUGUAUAAUAAAAGACAUUGUAUAUAAUUUGUGAAUGGUGUUGUAAUGAGAGUAGGUGUAUUGUAAGAGAAUAACGGCUUACGAUGUAAAACGGUAAAGAUUUAUUACCUUUGAAUAAUAACUAAAUGUAAUUGUACAGUAUUUUUGUAUUUUUUAUCGAGUAUUCUAUGGCGACGAUGACGACGUACAUGUAAAGAUGGCGGAUGUACGCUACGGCUUUGAGAUUAAAUAUAUAAGUAGUUUUUUUUUUUUUUUGAUUUUCAGCAAUUUAGUAUGGAGUUAUGUAUUAUAAGUCCAGUUAGCAACGGCACGGGACUGACUUCGGAUGUAAUUUUUCUUUUUAAUCGUUAAUGGAAUUGUAUAAAAUAGUCGUUUUAUGGGAGGCCUACUGUAACGAUUGUCCGCCAACAAAGUUGAAUUAGGUUAAAUAUAGAUUUAACGGAACCUGCUCAAUUAAACUCUGAGUAACGCUAGGGAACAACACUACUGUACCAUAUGUUGUCAUUGGGACGAAACUGUUAUUUUUAAUUUCAUAUUAUUUUUAAUAUUUCACUUUCUACUAUGAAUAUUUUUAUUUCUGUAUUCUGCACAAUAUUGUACUGAGAGUGAUUUGUUUUUAUAUAUAUAUUUAAAUUCUUCUAUCAGAUUAAAUCUAUAAUAGGUGUACCAAAAUUAUACAUAUAAGUUUCAUCGAUGUUUUAAAAUAUAUAGCUGUAAGUUUUAUUUAUAUAGCCAUCAAUAUAAUUUAUUUGUAUUUAAAGGAAAAUAAUAAAAAAAAAAUAUUUCAUAAAUAACAUUGUGAUGUCCGGCUGUAAGAUCACACUCUUCGUUUUUGUUACGUCACUAUUUUGUCAUAAAUGUGUCAAAUGUACUUGUCUCUGGUGUGCGGGGUGCGUGACAUAAGAUUCAAACAUUGCAAUAGUUGGAUAUAUAUAUAAAGUAUGUCGGUUGUUAUAGAAAAUUAUUUAUGUUCUAUUUUGUAAUCUAUUUAGAUUUAAUCUUAUUUAUUUCUUUUAAGUAUCUUCUAUGCGAUCUUUUAGUGAGCAUUUCUUACUUAAUGUUUUUAACUAACCUAUGCUCACAACGGAGUGGUUAUGAGACUACAACAAAAAGUACACACAUGUGCCAUUAUAAAGCCUUACAUUAUAAUAUAAGGUUGUCAAAAAUUAAAAAUCAGUUUCCUCCCGCAAGCAACACGUGUCGCCGCCCUUUAUGUAAACUAAAUAUUUUUUUUCUAUUCAGACAUGUAUUUGUAAUGUAUGUGAUAGCGCUUUUCGAAUAAAGUGACGACGACGCAGGUGUCUUAAAAUCAACUUAAAAACAUAUUUAUCACGCGGAAAUAGUUAUUAUCCAUUAUAUUAAGAUGUAGUUAUGUACUCGAAUAAAUAUAACUUUUUAAA